AUGCAGAUAGGUACACCUUCUGAUCAUGAUCCUUCUGAGCCCUUCAUGAAUCGUAGCGCAGAUAUACCGACGUCCAGCAGCAGCUCACCCUCUGCACGUGGGUGGCAUGCCAGCCCAGGAUUGGUUCGCGCCAAGACAACGUCGACAGACCCCGUGGAUCGGUCCAGCGCUCACUCCAGCGGUCUCGCCCAUACGUCGACCGGCGAGGGCUAUGCCUGCCACCGUUCUAAGGGCCCGGCCGGCUACUACGGCGCCGAGACGUCGGAUUGCGACUCGCCCUUUACUCUCGUCAAUGCCACGCUCGAAUGGAUACGAGAAAACGUCGUCGACGACAUUGACUUUGUGAUUUGGACCGGCGACACGGCUCGACACGACUCGGACGAGAAGAUACCUCGAAACCAACGUCAGGUCCUCGGCACCAACCGCCGCGUCGCCGACCUCUUCUACGAGACCUUCUCCGCCCCUCACAAUGGACAGCGUCUGGCCGUGCCCAUUGUGCCGAAUCUGGGCAACAACGACAUCCUGCCGCACAACAUCUUGGUCCCUGGCCCCACGCGAUGGCUGCAAUACUACACCGAGAUAUGGCGGCACUUUAUCCCGGAGGAGCAACGCCACACUUUUGACCUCGGCGGGUGGUUCAACGUCGAAGUUAUCCCGAACCGUCUUGCCGUCUUCAGCCUCAACACGCUCUACCUCUUUGAUCGAAAUGCUGCCGUCGACGGCUGCACCACCCCCUCCGAGCCUGGCUUCAUGCAGAUGGAGUGGCUGCGCAUCCAACUACAGGUCAUGCGCGAGCGCGGCAUGAAAGUCAUCCUCAUGUACAACCUGUGGCUGCGCCAAUACCGCGACGUCAUCACCGCCACCCUCUGGGGCCAUAUGAACAUCAACCACUUUAUUCUGCAGGAUACAAGGGACAUCAACCUCGCCUCCAUCAACGGCAAGCAUGAUACCGGCAUGAUACGUGAGGUGCAAGACCUCCACAUGCGGGAGAACUUUGAGGACGACUUCUCUGUGGCCUCGGCGUCUGACUAUCUUCGCGAGCUGCGCCGCGGCUGGGCCAAGAUUCCCAUGGCGGGCGUCAAGUCCCUGAUGGAAGACGGCCUGGAAGAUACUGCGGAGGACGAUGAUAUGUCUGACGACAGCGCCGAAGACUCGGUCGAUGCGGCGAAGAAGCGUAAAGGCAAGAAGGGUAAGGGCCACAAGGGCAAAGGCCAUAAGGAUAUUGGCGGCAAGUUCGCCGAACGCUACCACCUAUCUCUGAUCAGCCCGAGUAUUGUGCCAAACUACUUCCCCACGCUCCGCAUCUACGAGUACAACAUUGAGGGGCUCGAGAACACCGCUGUCUGGACCGAUUCGUUCAGUCAGCAGAAGUGGGAUAAGCACGUAUCACCUUUGGCGGCUGCGCAAGACGAUGAGGCUGAAGGGCCCACGGCGACAAUGGCUGACACGACCGACGAGGAGGAUGACGAGGACGAAGACGGUUCGGAUGACGAUAAUGUCGACUUUGAGGCAUCAAAAGGGAAAAAGCACAAGAAGAAGAAGGGCAAAAAGGGCAAGAAGGGCAAGAAGGGAAAGAAGGGAAAGAAGCCCAAAGACCCGAACCUGGUCAUGCCCGAACCCCCGGCCAAGCACGCGCCGCCGGGCCCAGCCUACUCACCUCAGCCCCUGACGCUGUUGGGCUACACGCAGUACUUUGCCAACCUGACUGGACAAGAACUUCAAGAAGAAGAAGAAGCAGCGGAACAAGAAGAAGAAAAACGCGGCGUGGAUGCUUUUUAUGCACCAUGCCUUCGUCGACACGGUACCGAGGAAGCAGCUGAAGAAGCUGUAGCGUGGCUUGCAUUGCUUGAUUUUGCACGAGCUGCACCCGCAUUUGCUUUCGAGCCAGCAUUGCGUUGCGACUUGUAUGUUGUACUUUAG